GCGGGCGUUGUUCGAGUGCUUGCCACCCGAAGCUGCGACUCCCCACAUCGCCUUUUCGGCCCUGGUGCUGCAGUCUCAGGGCCUUUUGAGCCACGGGGCCUUGCGCCCUUUGCGGAGACCCCUCGCUGAGGCUCUUGAAUCCGGUGGCUGCGCGCCAGCCGUCCGGAGUGUGGAUCCGGACGCAGGUUUCGAGGCCUGUCACGAGCCUGGGUACCGCGGUCGCGAGCUGCCGAAAGAGGCCCACACCAUCGCCAAAGUUCUUGCGAGGCUUGGUGGGCCACAUGUUCCUCUGCCUUUACGCCGCCCGUGGAUCGUGAGGCCAGCGGGUCUUUCGGUGCAUCUGCUGCUGCCGCCGCGAUGGGCACCUGAUGAUGGUGAAG